CAACGAACUCAAUAGCAACUCAAACAGAAUCGGUCUUCCUGUUCUUCUUAACCUCGAACUUUUCUCUCUCUCUCUCUCUCGCGAGAAUCUCAGUUGUUCAACGAAUCGAUACACGUGGUGUAGAAUUUCCAAAUCUUGAAGAAAUAGUUUUCUGUGCGAUCAGAUUAAUUAUAUUUUGCGGUUUGUGUGGGUUGAUUUGCAUAAAUGGCGAUGGACGACAACGAGAGCUGUGGUAGCAGAGCGGAGGACACGUUAUCGCCGAAGCAAAGUCGGCAGCAAGGACAGAAACUUGAAGUAUUCAAUGAGGUGCUUAGUCGACUCCAACACUCCAAUCACGACGACACCAAGCUUCCUGGUUUCGAAGACCAGCUCUGGCUUCAUUUCCAGCGCCUUCCUUCUAGAUACGCAUUAGAUGUGAAUGUGGAGAGGGCAGAGGAUGUUCUCACACAUAAAAGACUGCUGCUUCUCGCAGAAGAUCCUGCUAAUAGACCUGCCUUUGAUGUUCGCCUUGUGCAGGUCCAUCCUACCUCCUACGGAAAUACUACUGAUUUCAUUGAUUGUGGAAUGAACGCAGAAGCUCAAAGUUGUUCUAGUCAUCAUAACCGACAGGGAAUCCAUCCUCCGCCUACCUUUGGUUCAUCACCAAAUCUUGAAGCCCUUUUGCUUCAAGCUAACAGAAGUCAUGCUGAUGAUGGAGAUAGCAUUGUGAAUUCUACUUCACAGAUUUCUCGGUAA